AUGUCACCAAAGUCGAAAGUGGACCGAUUACUAAAAAAAAAAACGAAACCAAGUAAUCAGGAGAACGUGGAAGAAGUUAAAAAGCAUCUGUCCUUCAGUAAGGUAGUUCAAAAUCAACUAAAAGAAAAUAUAAGGCAUACCAAAAAGAAAAAUGAGAAGACACUGUUUCGUAAAGUAUUGAGUGGUAGGUUUGUUAGAAAGUACAAUCUUUUAAGUCAAAUUGAUAUGAAGCCUGUGAAACGAUAA